GAGGUCUCGAAGUAAAAGGAAAGGAGGUCCGAUCAGUGCCCGCGAGAUCGCCCGCGCGUGCGCACGUCUGUCGCCACCGCCAUCUUGCACAACACCCGCCAAAACUUCACCUGUCAAAGUGUGUUUCGAAUUUGGAAAAUCGAACGUGACAGUUUAAAAGUGGACUGGUUGUCUUUUGUUUUUCCGUGAUCUUUCCCAGGCGUUGGACUUUUAAGAUAAACGGUGGACAGAAAGGAGUGACCGCAGUGAGUGUGACAGUGCAUUGUGUUCCGUUCUACAAUGAGUAGACGCUAGUGUUAACGAACAAACCGCUCUCGACAUGCGAGUGCGUUAGUAACAGCUCCGGGGCUGUUGACUUAGUGAGUUGACAUUUCGCGUCAAUGCCGUGUGUGUAGGCAAUGGCGUUGGCAAACUUCUCGAUCGCAGGCGUCGGCGCGGCCACGCCGGCGUUCGUGCCCACCUCUGCGACACCGCUCCGAGUCGACCUCGACGACUUGCUCUAUUCCCCCGCCGAAUACCAAGACGACACCCGUCCUGAACAACCCCAAGAAAAUGAACCCUUCACACAACCAAAUCAACGCAGGCCCAAAGUGAGAAAACGUGCAGGCACAGCGUACCUGCCACCAGCUAACCAGUACGCGCAUUACCCAAAUGAGGCUCAACAAAACCCUUACGCUUCGCAACUACAUACGCAGGUUUACCCACAAAAUCCAAGACUUAAUGUACAGAUAGAAAACCAGCGCGUCAAAGAAGUGAAGUCACCUUACGAUUCUGGACAGUACGAUAACACGGGGCAGUACGUUCAUGAUCCUACGGGUGACUACGAUUAUGAACAAAAGAGAGUGAACCAGGGUCCGCCUGGUCCAGGUUACAGCCCUGGGUACGCGGACGCUCCCUACCCGCCGGCAACAAAGCCAAACCCUUCAUCUAGUCGAAGAGUCGAUGAGUAUCCGAGUCAAAAUGUGAAUAACUUCAAUUUUAACAGACCGCCUAGUAGUACAGAUAGCCCACCUAGGCCGCCUAAUAACCAAGGAAGCAAGACUCCUGGUAGUCAAAAUCCACCUGUAAAUCCUCCGGAAAGACCUAGAGGUUUUACUAAAGUGGAACAGAAUGGAGGGUCUGGUGGUAAAACGCAGUUACACGCAGUUCUAGACUAUGACGAGGAUUAUUACGACGAUCCUGAUCCAGAUUCAGGGCAGCCUUCAGUGACUCCGCUUCAGGGUCCCAUACUACUGCGCAACGGCUCAGUACCUGUGGUACCUUUGACGUCAUAUAAGACCAUCAACAAUGGCUCCUUCUACCAAAUACCUAUACUGUGGACUGCGCUAUCUUUAGCAUUGGGCUACGAGCUGCAAGGUCAGAUCAUAAGAGGGGUGCCAUGCGUGAAGCGUAACUUCCAGUUGUAUUGUCCUACGGCUGGCAACACCUAUCCAUUAGAUAAAAUCGAGAACUUCAUAGACGAGAACAAGGCGUUAAUAAAACGAAUGUACGGUUCGUUUACCACCCCCGCCGGGAACAGAGUGAGAAGAGCGCCGGGGGUACCAGACAUGCACGAUGCCACCGGGGAUUCGUACUUCAGACACGUUCGACAAGCCUCGAAUACUAAGCUGCCUGAUGCUCAGGCGGUUAAUAAUACUGGCAGAGUAGACGCAUGCGAAAGCAAGACAGAGAUAAUGACGCCAUAUUGGGCCCUCAACUCGGCGAGAAAGCUUCGCGCCAUCGUGAACACGAUGCAUUUUGAGCAAGCGAUACAUCAGGAGACUUGCAGUAAAACCACAACAGCAAGAUGUACGAGAGAUUGCGGCUGCGAGCAGAAGUACAAAUGGCAUCGACUGCUGGCUUACGACCCUAACGAUGACUGUGCAGGCAUAUUCAUGGACUGGUUCUUAUUCCCAUCGUGUUGUGUGUGCAGGUGCAAUCCUUGAUGCACCUUCAAUGUAUUGUGUAGUGACGCUUAGUAUGUCUGCAGAGUUUUUGCUAUGUGACUGAAACGAAUGUGAGGAAAUAAGAGCAAAAUUUUUUAGCAAACGGCUUUUUAGGCUAUUUCGAGAACAUAGUUUCUGAAGUUCGUGUCAGUCACACAAAAACACUCUUGCUGAAAUUAAAAUAGCUAUUAAGAUAAAAAGUACAGUUGCUAUGUAAGUAUGUUUUACAUAAAUUCCUGUUAAAUGUAGGUAUGCCGAUUUAUUUGUCAUUUAAUAAUACCAAUAUAAUUUGUAAAAUAAAACUUAAAUGUAAGGCGAAAAGGUCUGAAAGUUGAUUGGUGAAUGCGGCAUACUUGGUUAUCGACAAAAAUCCUAAUUAUUUAGCCGCGCCUGUUAUUUCAAUAUUAAAUUUAUAAUUUGGGUUAAAUUAACCCAAUACAAAGCUUCUUUAAUUCAAAGCUUUUUUUAUUGUAAAAUUAAAAAUAAAUGUUUCUACUGGCGGAAUUUAAGGCUUACUUCUUAGAGUAAUUUUGAGGCCUAACGCAGGUAAAGUAUUUGUACCUAUUAUGUUUUAUUUACUUUACUUUUAGUUUAAGGUAUUUUAUAGAAAAGAAUGACUCGAGUCGAAUUAAUCAAUGUUUGGACAAAAUGUUAGACACUUUGUAACCUAUUUAUGUCCCUAAUCAUGUAUUUUUUACUUGGUUGGUACAGUCAAAAUGAGAAGUAAAUUAAUAUAUUUUCUAUGAUUUCAUCAGUGAUACAUACCUUUUGAUUUCAAGUCAUAAACUUGCGUUUUGUAAAUUCUUUUUCGACAAUUUAUAAUAAUCAUUUUUAAUCUUUUGACUUUGACUGUACCCAUGGAAGAAUAGAUUUAUAUAAAAAAUAAAUUUAAUUUUCAGUUAUAAAGUAGAACACUGCCAUUGUAUAGUUUCAUAGGAACUUCAUUUAUUUAAAAAAUAAAACUAGAAAAUAAUCGAUUUUGGAAUGUUUCGAUACUAUUGGUUUGAAAAUAAUCGUAAUUGUAAAAUUCAUUUAGUACCUAAUAAUUGUUAUUUUUAAGGCACCUACUAAUAUAAAUUUUAAAUAUGCUACUUAUUUGUAUAAUUUAUACUUUUACAGCUUAGACAUAUAGAGACAGUUUUCCAACAAAAAAAUAUGUAAUUAAAUGGUAGAUCUCUAUUUUCUAGUAAAAUUUACGAAAAUAUAAUGCUAUAUGGAUUCGCCAAUUCGUUGGAAAGCAGCCUAAGAUACUCAGAUAUAAUAAAAAAAGUUUUACCUUUGAAUAAUAAAAGUGCAAUGGAAUAUAAUAAUGACUUUUUAAU